CCGCCGCAGUCCGGUUCCGACCCGAGCGCCGGGCGCCGGGCCGAGCCCGCGAUGGAAUAAUGCCCAGCGGCCCGCCCGGUCCCGGUAAUUUUCUGAUGUUACGGCGGAGACAUGAGAUCUUCAGCCUCCAGGCUCUCCAGUUUUUCAUCAAGAGAUUCGCUAUGGAAUCGGAUGCCGGACCAGAUCUCCGUGUCCGAGUUCAUCUCCGAGACCACCGAGGACUACAACUCGCCCACCACGUCCAGCUUCACCACGCGGCUGCACAACUGCAGGAACACCGUCACGCUGCUGGAGGAGGCUCUAGACCAAGAUAGAACAGCACUACAGAAAGUGAAGAAAUCUGUAAAAGCAAUAUACAAUUCUGGCCAAGACACUGCCGACCAGGUCGACCCAGGACCCCGUUCUGCGGCAGCCUGUCCUGCGAGAGCCUCUGGAAUGCAUUACCAUGUACAAAAUGAAGAAAACUAUGCACAAGUUCUUGAUAAGUUUGGGAGUAAUUUUUUAAGUCGAGACAACCCCGAUCUUGGCACUGCUUUUGUCAAGUUUUCUACUCUCACAAAGGAACUGUCCACAUUGCUGAAAAAUCUGCUCCAGAGUCUGAGCCACAACGUAAUCUUCACCUUGGAUUCCCUGUUAAAAGGAGACCUAAAGGGAGUCAAAGGAGAUCUCAAGAAGCCAUUUGACAAAGCCUGGAAAGAUUAUGAGACAAAGUUUACAAAAAUUGAGAAGGAGAAAAGAGAGCAUGCAAAACAGCACGGGAUGAUCCGCACAGAGAUAACUGGAGCUGAGAUCGCAGAAGAAAUGGAGAAGGAAAGGCGCCUCUUUCAGCUCCAAAUGUGUGAAUAUCUAAUUAAAGUUAAUGAAAUCAAGACCAAAAAGGGUGUGGACCUGCUGCAGAAUCUUAUAAAGUAUUAUCACGCACAGUGCAAUUUCUUUCAAGAUGGCUUGAAAACAGCUGAUAAAUUGAAGCAGUACAUUGAAAAAUUGGCUGCUGACUUAUAUAACAUAAAACAGACCCAGGAUGAAGAAAAGAAACAGCUAACUGCACUCCGAGACUUAAUAAAAUCCUCCCUUCAGCUUGAUCAGAAAGAAGUAGGUGGUUUAUAUGUUCCCAGCAGGGCUAACAGUUCUAGGAGAGAUUCCCAAAGCCGGCAAGGAGGGUACAGUAUGCAUCAGCUCCAGGGCAAUAAGGAAUAUGGCAGUGAAAAGAAGGGUUACCUGCUAAAGAAAAGCGAUGGGAUCCGGAAAGUGUGGCAGAGAAGGAAGUGUGCCGUCAAGAAUGGGAUUCUGACCAUCUCACACGCAACUUCCAAUAGGCAGCCAGCCAAGCUGAACCUUCUCACCUGCCAGGUGAAGCCAAAUGCUGAGGACAAGAAAUCCUUUGACCUGAUAUCACAUAACAGGACCUAUCACUUUCAGGCAGAAGAUGAGCAGGAUUAUGUAGCGUGGAUAUCAGUAUUGACAAAUAGCAAAGAAGAGGCCCUAAACAUGGCCUUCCGAGGUGAGCAGAGCGCAGGAGAGAACAGCUUGGAAGAUCUGACAAAAGCCAUCAUCGAGGAUGUCCAGCGGCUCCCUGGGAAUGAUGUCUGCUGUGACUGUGGUUCAUCAGAACCUACGUGGCUUUCGACCAACUUGGGUAUUCUGACCUGUAUAGAAUGUUCUGGCAUCCAUAGGGAGAUGGGGGUUCAUAUCUCUCGAAUUCAGUCUUUGGAACUAGACAAAUUAGGAACUUCUGAACUCUUGCUGGCCAAGAAUGUAGGAAACAAUAGUUUUAAUGAAAUUAUGGAAGCAAAUUUACCCAGCCCCUCACCCAAGCCCACCCCUUCAAGUGAUAUGACUGUACGCAAAGAGUUUAUCACUGCAAAGUAUGUAGACCAUAGAUUCUCAAGGAAGACCUGUUCCUCUUCCUCGGCUAAGUUGAAUGAAUUGCUUGAGGCCAUCAAAUCCAGGGAUUUACUUGCACUAAUUCAAGUCUAUGCGGAAGGGGUAGAGCUAAUGGAACCACUGCUGGAAUCCGGACAGGAGCUCGGGGAGACAGCCCUUCAUCUUGCCGUCCGAACUGCAGACCAGACAUCUCUCCAUUUGGUUGACUUCCUUGUACAAAACUGUGGGAACCUCGAUAAGCAGACUUCCAUGGGAAACACAGUUCUGCACUACUGCAGCGUGUACAGCAAGCCCGAGUGUAUGAAGCUGCUGCUGAGGGGCAAGCCCACCGUGGACAUUGUGAACCAAGCUGGAGAAACUGCCUUGGACAUAGCAAAGAGACUAAAAGCUACCCAGUGUGAAGAUCUGCUUUCCCAGGCUAAAUCUGGCAAGUUCAACCCACACGUCCACGUUGAAUAUGAGUGGAACCUUCGACAGGAGGAGAUGGAUGAAAGUGAUGACGAUCUGGAUGACAAACCAAGCCCAGUCAAGAAGGAGCGCUCACCCAGGCCUCAGAGCUUCUGCCACUCCUCCAGCAUCUCCCCCCAAGACAAGUUGGCGCUGCCAGGAUUCAGCACUCCACGGGACAAGCAGCGGCUCUCCUACGGAGCUUUCACCAACCAGAUGUUUAUCUCCACGACCACGGACUCGCCCACAUCACCAACUGCAGAGGCUCCCCCUCUGCCUCCUAGGAACGCUGGGAAAGGUCCAACUGGCCCACCUUCAACACUCCCUCUAAGCACCCAGACCUCUAGUGGCAGCUCCACCCUAUCCAAGAAGAGGCCUCCUCCCCCACCACCCGGACACAAGAGAACCCUGUCUGACCCUCCCAGCCCACUACCUCAUGGGCCCCCAAACAAAGGCGCAGUUCCUUGGGGUAACGAUGUGGGUCCAUCAUCUUCAAGUAAGAACGCAAACAAAUUUGAGGGGUUGUCUCAGCAGUCGAGCACCAGUUCUGCAAAGACUGCCCUUGGCCCAAGAGUCCUUCCUAAACUACCUCAGAAAGUGGCACUAAGGAAAACAGAAACAAGCCAUCAUCUCUCCCUAGACAAAGCCAACGUCCCAUCUGAGAUUUUCCAGAAAUCAUCGCAGCUGACAGAGUUACCACAGAAGCCCCCACCUGGAGACCUGCCCCCAAAGCCCACAGAACUGGCCCCCAAGCCCCAGAUUGGAGACUUGCCACCUAAGCCCGGAGAGCUCCCCCCAAAGCCGCAGCUGGGUGACCUGCCACCCAAGCCCCAGCUCUCAGACUUACCCCCCAAGCCACAAAUGAAGGACCUGCCCCCCAAACCGCAGCUGGGAGACCUGCUGGCAAAAUCCCAGGCUGCCGACAUCUCACCCAAGGCUCUGCAGCCCUCCGAGGCCAUGCAGAAGUCACACCCAGUGGAUCUGUCCCCAAACAUGCAGUCCAGAGACGCCAUCCAGAAACAGGUGUCAGAAGACUCCAACGACCUCACGCCCACUCUGCCUGAGACGCCUGUGCCGCUGCCCAGGAAGAUCAACACGGGGAAGAAUAAAGUGAGACGUGUGAAGACCAUCUAUGACUGCCAGGCCGACAAUGACGACGAGCUCACAUUCAUUGAGGGGGAAGUGAUCGUUGUCACAGGGGAAGAGGACCAGGAGUGGUGGAUCGGCCACAUCGAAGGACAGCCUGAACGGAAGGGGGUCUUUCCGGUGUCUUUCGUUCACAUCCUGUCCGACUAGCAAAAAGCCGAAGCUUCAGACUGCCCACAUCCUUCAUGCAAGACUGCUGCCUCCAUGUAAUCCUGUGCACAAUGUGUAUAUAGCUGCUGUUACAGAAUGAGAAACUCGUGAAGGGCCACCUCAGGAGGGAAUAUAGUAUGUGUUGUAAAUAUCCUGUGGUCUUCUGCCUUCGCCAGUAUUAGGGUAGCCUCGGGACCCAGUUCGCCUUACUGGUUUGCCAAAGCCAUCCUUGGCAUUUAGCACUUACAUCUGUCUAUCUAUGCUGUUUUACAAACAGAAAAACAAAAACACAGGAGUGCUGGCUUUGCAAGUAGAAGUGGUCUCCAGCACCCGCUGAGGGGCAUAGAAUUGACUUUCUGUUCCUAACAAAGCAGUAUUCUCAAUCAUGUUACUGAAAGUGCAUUCUUAGCAAAGAGGUGGGUUCUGUUUUCCAGGUGAAACUUGUAGUUAGCUCCGUGACAGACCAGCCUGUAGUUAUCUGUGUAUACAGUUUACAGCUACAAAAACCUACUUUGGUAUUUAUUACAGAAAAGUACUCAGUUAAAUGUAAGUGUUACUCCUUCAGCAGAAUAUUCACUGACCCAAAACUCUUUGUGGCAUUUUACGAUGCACACAGCCUCAUGCAAGUUUAGGCAAGUGGAUUUAUACUAUUGUAUGGUGAUGAGUGCCCACCCCGAGAUAUUACCUCAUUAUGCAAAAAUAACAUAUCCUUCAUGACGAUUUUGACAAAAGUUUAAAACACGUCUGAUGAAGUUCAACUUUCAGGAACCAAGGACUGCCAGAAAAUACUAGCCUUUGCAAUAUGCAUGCAUCUAGAAGCUUACCUGAAAUCUGCCUUUUAUAAAGGAAUAAAUAGUAUGGAUAAGUUGAACUGUACAUUUUUUAAACUUGAUCGCCAUUAAAGCAGAAAUCAUAAGGUUGCAAGAACAUUUGUUUCUAGUCAGUCAUUUGGCCUUCUCAAGAGUAUGAAUUUAUAUAUUGUAUUAUGAGUCAGCACCCCUUAAUAUGUCAGAGCAUCUAAAGUAUUGGUUUUAAAUUGUCUUCUUAGAUUAUUCAAGAAGAGGGAUUUAGAAAUCACCCUUUUACAGUUUUUCCUGUGUAGAAUCCAGGUGCUGAAACCAAGCUUUUCUUUUUCCAUUCCAUUUCUUAAACCCCAAUUACAAAGUUUUCCCUCCUUAAGCUCUGUCCUAUAGACAUGUCCCCUUCAAGUCAAUUCAUACAGAACCAAGUUUUGGAACGCUGCUAUGAAUUGCACUGUGAAAAAGGCUCUCUCCCUGCGAAGAGUCUCUUCUCUCUCCUCACUCACUCUCUCCCUCUCUUCUUUCCCCUCCUCCUCUCUCUCUCAGUCUGCCUUGUACCCCUCUCUCUCCUGUCUUGUUACUUUUGUUUUGUUUUUCAUCCCGGCCAUGCUUGUCAGACCAUAAAGAACAUUGUGAGUGGGGCCGGAGAUUUAGCUCAGCGGCACCGCACCUGACUUGCAACACAAGGUCCUGAGUUCGAUCCCCAGUUCAGGGGUGGGGGUGGGGGUGACACAUUGUGACUAUUUCCGUCUUUGACAUCGUCCAAAUCCUGGAAAUGAACAUGGCACUUGUACUCCAGGUCAGUGGGACUGUCCUCUGAUCCCGGGCGCACAUUUGCUUAAACUGCUAUUUGGGCCACAGUGCAGAAGUCUAAUAUUUUUAAGCAGAUAAUCUUGGCAAUGAAUGAGAAAUGUUAAUUUCACAGAAGCACAACUCCCAGCCAAACCAGUAGGAAAGGCCUUUCAUAGUCACAGUGCUCAGUAAACAUUAAUUUAGUGCUGCUUAACUGGUUACUAGGACACUUUAAAUAGCCACCUGAGAAAUCAGCUUUGCAUGACAGAGCUGCAAAAUACUUCAUCAGCUGUUCAUGGAAACUAGUUCUAAGCGACUGCUUCCUGGGUGUCAGGGCACGCGCACCUUCCCACAGGGGACUGGGAGUGGGAGACAGCGCCCUGCGUGGGCCACACUGGACAGGAAGUGGGCGGCUGAGGUUCCCCAGGGCGCCACUUCCUUCACUUGCGCACGUUCAGCUGCGUGAAAGAGCCGUUCUUUUUGUGGCCUAGGCUUUUUUCAGUGAUCUGAAAAUAGACUGCUUUAUAAAAACACACACAAAAGCUGUAUCUCUACGAGUACACGGAGUCAAUGUCUAGUCUUUUCCCCCGGCUGCAGUAGCUCACACAAAUGCAUUUUUCAUGCCUUUCUUUUUCUGGUUGUGUUUUUGUCUCCAUCAGGAAUGUGAGUUCUCUAAUCCAGCUUACUGUAGGACAUAGGAAGACUAGAUAGAACACCAUUGGCAAUCUUGUGGAGUUUAAAUCUGAUCUUGUUCUUCAACUCAUGAGCCACUAUCUGCGAUGUUGUACAUGAUAGAUUAUUUUGAAGGUAUGGAACCUUUCGAAAAAAAUAGCAAAUUAGUUCUUUUUCCCCACAGAGAGGAAAGUUAUGUUCUGCAAAUAGCGUGUCUUAUUUUACUGUUGAACAGCAAUUGCUAUUUAUUUUUUUAUUGCCUAGAACUUCCAACAUGUUGUAUAGGAAUCCCGUAGUGCCACUAGUUAAAUUCCGAGUUCCAUCCAGAUGUUGCCAUCGAACAUCAGGACGCUUUUCAUUUCACAUGUAUUUACUGUGACCAUUUUUCAGUAAUGUACGUGUUAAUUUCUACUUUUUUUAAUAUUUAAAACUGCUUUUAAAUAAACAUAUUCUCAGUUGA